AUGUCUCCUCUCGCUGCGUUUAUUGCGACGCUUCUAGCUUUCUCCGGGCUCGCUGCAGCUGCUUCGUCCCAGGGCACCCACAAGUUCAACUGGCGGAAGACCAAAUACUUCUAUGCGUUCGGGGACUCUUACACAUUUGUGCAGGGAACUGAGGGCCACGCCAACUUCAGCUUCAUAGGCGACGCGUUCGACUUCUCGUUUACCCCACAACAACUGCUGCAGAAUGAGAUAAUCCCGAAGAACACAAGUUCAGACGGAUCUAACUGGACGGAGUUCCUUACCGGUUGCUUCUCCGGGAAACCCUCGGCAUGUUCACGACAACUUUGGAACUUUGCAUUCGCGGGUGCUGACAUCAGCAAAGACCUGCUUCCUCUGCAUCACGAUUACACGGUUGCCCUUGUCGACGAGGUGGUGCAGUGGGAAAAAUACGCCUCCCACGUCGUACCGCACCCGCCCGACGAGACAGUCGUAGCCUGGUUCAUCGGCAUCAACGACACCGGAGACACGCAGGCGAACACCACCCUCGACUUCCCGACAUUCUGGGAGCAGGAGAUGGAGGCUCUGUUCGGUGCCGUUCAAAACGCGUACGCCCACAACCUCCGCGGCGCGUACCUCUUCAUCAACGUCCCCACCUUGGACCGCUCUCCCGGCGCACUCGGGAAGUCGCCCGCGGCCAUCGCGACGUACGCGCAGCACAUCGCGGACUACAACGCCGCUCUGGCGACGCACCAGGCUGCGUUUGCGGACGCGCACCCGGACAUCACCGUCGUUUCGUUCGACGCCAACAAGUGGUUUGGGGAGGUCCUCGACAACGCCGAGGCCUUUGGCUUCACGAACAUCACCGGCUUUUGCCAGUGCACGGACCCGGGUUUUUUCUGGUACAACACAGGGCAUAUCACUGAGCACGUCCACCGCCUUAUGGCGGGAGCGAUUCGGACCGAGCUCAUGCGUGCGUCGCAGGUCUAG